AUGUCUCUUGAAAAACAUCAUAAGAUCUUGCAAUUCAGAUCAAUAACUGGCAUUACCGAGUACAUCGACGUCCAGCUUACCGCCGAGUGACGAGAAUUAUAUGUACAAGCCUCGAGUAAUAUUAUAUUCUAAAUUGUCGAAUCGUAGGUUUCCUUCCUCUGCGAGUUGAUUACAAAGGGAAGGAGGAGUAACUCAACAAUUAACUAACCAAUUAAUCUUUUUAAUGUCAUCAAGAACAACCCAUCACUGGCAUGAAUUCAGACAUGCCAAAUGGUUCAUAGUAUAAAGAAAUCAUCUGAUUAUUCCCAGUCGAUUCCUAUAGAACCCCUCAUCUCAAACCCUCACAAAAACUAAUGAUGCUUCCAUUAACACUUCGCCAUAUACUUGUUAGAAGUAGCCACAACACAGGAUACACUUCAUACAUCCUCUCUACGUAUAGGAAAACAACUCAACUGAGAAUCUCCUUCCCAUCAAGAUUGCAAACUCGCAAUAUGGCAUUUAGAAAACCCAAUUCAUCACCUCCUACUCACGAAAUGGUCUAUUUCCCUCAAAUGACCUCAGAUCUUCCUGCAUCAUCCCAUGAGUUCCGCAGAGUUCUCGUAUGUAUAAUAACAUCACUUUUUCCCUUCCAUUGCACAACAAUCCUCUUUUCCAUCAUAUAUCACACAUUCCAAACCCAUCAAUCACUAACUCAAACCCACAGUACACAGGCCUCUAUUCCCAGGUCGUCCUAAUGAGCAUUCCCGUCGGCGGCGACAUCGGCGACGAAGUCCACACAGUCGACCAAGCACUAACCUUCACCUCCGGUACUGGUCUCGCCACCAUCAACGGCAAAGACCAAGUUGUUAAAAAGGGCGACUUGAUGGUAGUACCAGCAGGCACUCAACACCAGUUUGUCAAUACAGGAAAAGAACCACUAGUUCUAUACACGAUAUAUUCGCCAGCAGAACAUGCACCGACUACGGUGCAUCAUACGAAGGAAGAAGGUGAUAGGGAGGAGGAGGAACGAAGAGAUGAGGCACCGGCUUGGUCGAGGAGGAGUAAGGAGGAGAACGAGAAGGCGGGGUUGGUGAAGUUGAGUGGAAAGUAUGAUUAGAACUGUGGAUGGAUAGGUCGAGAGUUCAGUAUUGAUGUGUGGGAAAUAUGGUUAAUGGUGGAGGAAGUGAGAUGUCUUGAUUGGGCGAUAAUAAUAGAUGGUGAUCAUGGGGUACGCGAUGGGUUACUCAUUUCCUAACAAUGGCUGCAUUAGGAACAAGGUCGGGACCAAAUCUGGCAAGCCCAUACUUGGGAAAAUAAUUUUUUAAUUCCAUAUACUUUUAAUUUCCUUAGCAAGACUCUAAUAUGGUAAUACGUCCAAACUCAAAACCAACCCAGUUUUCCUUAAGUGCCCCUCCCCCCAACCCCAACAAAGCUGUGACUGACACCCAUCCUCCAUCCAUCCAUCCAUCAACCCAACCACCCCACACCACCUAAAAUAUAAGCCAAAUUCCCAACCUCGCUCGGCAUCAAACCUCACAAUCAACAAAAAAAAGCAAGUUGGCGCAGUGGAAGCGCGCCGGGCUCAUAACCCGGAGGUCCCCAGAUCGGUAAGCUUAAAUAACUCUCUAUGCCAAAUUUGACGUAUUGGCAUCCAUUCUAACUUUCUGUAGAAACUGGGACUUGCUAUGUAUGCACUUUCUUUUUUGGGGUUUUGGGUUUAUACGGGGUAAGGCUUUUGAGGGUAUUGGGGGAAAGGGGAAAACUUCAAGGAGGUAG